GAGGCCGGAGGGGCAGGGGGUUCUGUCGUUGGGACGACGACAUCGGUUUGGGAUUGGGGAAAGGCCGGUGACGGGGUUGAGUUGGCAAGAGGCCCGGAGUGAUGGGACUUUGUCAAUGGUGAGGCGAGAAGGGGGCGGUGCUCUUGGUGGUUCUCUGUUUCAGUGUCAGCCGGAAGCGGCCAUGGCCACACAUGGGAUUGCGAUCAAGCCCACCUACGAUCUUAGUAAUGGACAAGUGCUCCCAAUGGUUAAGCCUACAAACUCAAGUGUUGCUGGGAUGAAGCGCAAAUUUGAAGUAUCAGUAGCUAAAUGUGGCGAUGGUACUCCCUCUGUGAAUGUGGGCAAAGAAAUACAAAAAGAGUGGAGCUGUGCUCUCUGUCAUGUCACUGUCACAUGUGAGCGGCAUUUGCAGGAACAUCUGAAGGGAAGGAAGCACAAGGCAAAGGAGAGGGCAUUAUGGGAAAGCAAUACAAAAGUGAACAAUAAUCCCAGCAAUUCAAAUAAGUUGGUUGUCCCAAGUGGCCAUAAGAAGCCAAACCUAGACGGGCACCGGGAUGGAAAUCAUGAAAAAAUGAAUGAUAUGGACAAUGUGGAUAAUGGAGUGCAGCAAAAAGCAAACUUGGAGAAGAUAAAUGGUGGUGCCGAAGAGAGUGAAAUGCAGACAAAUUUGGAGUCUGAUUUCAAAUUCUGGUGCACAAUGUGUAAAGUUGGGACCGCAAGCGAAGUGUUGAUGACCGCUCAUCAGACAGGAAAGGAGCACAUAACUUUGUUGCAAGAAAAUGGUGGCGGUGUCAUAGCUAUAAAAAACAUGUUGGAUAAAAAUCAGAGUUAGUUAUUAUAAUCAAAACUUAUAGAGGCAAUGGAGUCCUACAAAAGAUUAGGUUGAUCACUAAUUUG